AUGCAGAGAACACGUGAUGACCUGGAGAAGAAGCUACAUGAUUCAAAUACAACACCAAUGUUUUUUCCACUUGAAUUUUUGAAGGCCAUCACAUGUGAUUUUUCCACUGAGUCGGUACUAGGUGAAGGUGGGUUUGGAGUGGUUUACAAGGGAGUUCUUCGAAGUGGCAAAGUUAUUGCUGUGAAGAAGCUUUUUGAAAUCCGUCUAAAAGAGGACACAUUCCAGAAUGAAGUACGCUAUCUUAUGGGGAUUAAGCACCAAAAAAUAGUUCAGUUCCUAGGUUAUUGUGCGGAAUCAAGUUGGGAAGCGAUAGAGCAACCUAGUGGUAGUGGAAAAUUUAUUUUUGGUGAAUUACCGAAAAGGUUGCUCUGCUUCGAGUACGUAUGCAACAAAAGCCUCGACAACCAUAUUUCUGAUGAAUCUUCAGGCCUUGAGUGGAAUAUGAGAUACGAGAUAAUUAAGGGGAUUUGCAAUGGGUUGCAUUUCCUUCAUGAAGAAUGUCAUAUGGUUCAUCUCGACCUUAAGCCUGAAAAUAUAUUGAUGGACUCUACUAUGAUCCCAAAAAUCGCUGAUUUUGGUUUAUCGAGGAUCUUUGGUGAGCAGCAAACACGAAUUGUCACUGAUAAUCGUGCGGGAACAUGUGGAUAUAUGGCACCAGAAUACUUAAUCCGAGGUGUAGUCUCAAACAAGGCAGAUAUAUUUAGUCUGGGUGUCAUACUCAUAGAGAUAAUAACAGGUGACAGGGACUAUCCAUAUUUCCAUCAUGACCGUUCCCAGCGUGAUGCCACAACUUUCCAGCAGUUUACAGAGAAAGUUCUUGAAAAUUGGAGGAAUAGAUUCACAUCCACACCAAAGUAUACAAAGGAAAAAUAUGCGCACCAAGUAAAGCAGUGUGUCACCAUAGCCCUAAAAUGUGUGGAUCCUAGUAUGGAGAAAAGACCUACUGCAAAGCAUAUAAUCCAGGUGUUUAAUGUAGCAGACCAGAUGGAAACUCACGAAGAGUUGCCAUCAGUCGUGCAGUGCGUAGACAAGUUACUCGCACUAAACACUACUGGAAGCAAGGAUCUCACGCCCAUGAGUGCCACUGAAGAAAUGUUGAUCAUCAAAGCAGCUACUGGUAAACAAGUGGAUGAGGCCAAGUCUGAGGGUUUGUUACCGAUGCCUACAAUAGAGCCGAGCACAAUCAGACAGAGUUAUCAAGAGGGAGUAAAGGCAUGUAAUGAGCGACAAUCAGCCACUGAGACCGAGUCUGAGACAAUCCAACCUUUAAUACAGAUUAUAGAUUAUGGAGCAGGGCCAGGGAUCAUCACAUGCAUAGAUGCAAAUCAGACAGAGCCAUUGAUUAUGACAGGUGACACUAGGGGGUGUGUUAAGAUAUGGAACUACGACACGGAGUCGCAGGCAAGUUACGGUAUUGCUUCUGUUAAAUUUAUUGCACGAAAGCGGUGGCUUGUGGCUGUGUCAGAUGAUUGUGUCGUCCAUAUAUACAAGUAUGAAAAGGAACUCGAAAAGGUCACGACUUUCAAAGCUCAUGAUUGUGACAAUCCCCGGAUUUCAUUAGACGUUCAUCCGACCCAGCCGUAUGUGCUGUCAGGUUGUUUUGGGCAAAUAAAGCUUUGGGACUGGAACCAGGACUGGAAUUGCAUACAGACAUUUGAAGAACACUCAGAUGAUAUUAGGGAACUAAAAUUUAACCUAGAGGACACCAACAGUUUUGCAAGUGCUUCCUAUGAUGAUACAGUAAAGGUUUGGAGUCUUGAUUCUCUCAAAUCCAAGUAUACUCUCUCUGGGCAUUUGGGAACCGUGUACUGCCUCGAUUUCUUCACACGUGAUGGUCAACAGUAUUUGAUUAGUGGCUCUUUUGAUGGCACUGCCAAGAUAUGGGACUUGCACAAGAAGGAGUGUGUUCAUACACUCGAACAUGAGUGUCACGUCUAUCCCGUCUUUGCCCAUCCCAGUCUUCCAGUUCUAAUUACAGCUACAAGCAAUGGUGCUGUUCGUGUGUGGAGCUCCACUAAUUUCAGGUAA